AUGCACUUGUCGAUAAAAAAAACCCUAUUAUUAAUAUUAGGAUUAGCUUUAGUGAUAGGAGCUAUAGCGUCUCCUACCAAUAAAUCUAAAAAGUCAUCUAAAAGUUCUUCCCCCGCCGCUCCUAGUAGUGGCCAAAAAAAUGUUUGCCGUUCCUUUAAAGACAAUUUCAAGAAUUCUAGAAUUGUUAGUCAAAAGAAGUAUAAUGGAAACCCCGCUUCAGCAGAUUGGAUUGAUACCUGUGAAGUAGCAGGUACUUAUUCGACCUCAGGCGGACAAUUGACCGCAAAUUUGUUGAAACCUAGCAACGAAAAAAGAACAAAAGGAAAAGAAGGAUAUUACAACAAGAAUUUAGGUCAAGGACUCUCUUUUAACAGCACAUAUAAAAUGCUUUACGGUACAGUUAGCAUGAAAACGAAGGCCUGUGGUGUCGGUGGUGUUGUCACAGCACUUGUUACCAUGUCUGAUAACGGAGACGAAAUUGAUUGGGAAUUAGUAGGAAAAGAUGUGAAACAUUGUCAAUCUAACUACUUUUACGAUCGUAUUCUCAUAUACGGAGUCAACGGUGGUGUACACCAAGUUCCUAGCGGUGGAGCAAUUGACUCAGGCUUUCACACUUAUACUAUUGACUGGAAACCCGAUAGCAUUACAUGGUUAGUCGAUGGUAAAUCUAUUCGCGUCUUGCAAAGGUCAUCUACCUACAAAAAUGGCACAUAUAGAUUCCCAUGUCAUCCUUCAUAUGUUCAAAUAGGCAUCUGGGAUGGUAGUGGUGCCGAAGGAACCGCUCAAUGGGCUAACGGUCCCAUCGAGUGGACUAAACAACCUAGUAAAUUAGAAUCUUAUAUCGAAGAAGUUUCUGUCUCAUGUGACCCUACUUACAACACUGUUAUUACUCAUUAA